CUCUCAGCUCUCUAGAUACACGCAGUAUUUUCACCAUGGAUGGGCAGGCUUCAGCAGAGCAGCAGCAGGCCAUUAUCCAGCAGCUGCAAGAGCAAGUCCAGGCUAAAGCCCUGCAGGAGCUCAUGACGCAGAUGACCGACCAGUGCUUCAACCGAUGCGCCAAGACUUCGAGUGGGGACCGCAUCAACUCGUCAGAGCAAGGCUGCUUGGCCAUGUGCAUGGACAGGUAUAUGGAUACGAUGGGCUUGGUAAACAAGGCAAUGGUCGCAAAGGCGAACAGGUGACCUGGACCGACCGUGGAUGAUGCAUGGUCAAUGAUGGGCAACGGCAGAAGAGGACAGAUACAGUGCCACAGCGCCGAAUAAGGCAUGGCUGCAUCAACUCGCCUGCUUAUUGCGGGCAAGAGGUCCGGAACAGCAGUUACUACUGCUGUGCAACUGCUGUGGAGGGCUUUUCCUUUUGGCAAGACUCGCCUACGGGUUGGUUCUUGAGUAGACAACGACCCAUCCAUUGGUGGGGGCGUUGGCACGUCGAGUCAAUUUUUUCAUGUACAACCGGUGAUCUCAGCUAGAACAUUAUCCACGAAGGGUUGUUGCGUAUGGUUAGGGUGGGUGCAAUGGAUAUGUCGAGAGUCAACUUUAAGCUGGAAGAAUCUGUCGAAGGGAUGCGUGCGGCUCGUCCGAUGCACCUAGUUGAUUUUCGAUGUUUUCACGAAAGAUGCUUGGUGAGUUGCAUGCUUGCAAGGGCAGUGAUGAUGCGCCUGUGCCGAUUCGUUGUAGUGCCUAGACACCAAGUGGAAGGUUCGAGCAGCCCAUGCAGAAAUGAUUGAGAUGUUGUUGCCAGCGACUGAUGACGUGAAAUGUCCGUUGUAGAUGGGCUCCUCGUUUU